AUGUGUGAAUUUGAAUUAGAUAAUAAAUGUUUAAGAACCAUAAUGCAAAAAUUCGAAUCUAAAAAUAUAAUCUGUUCAACCAAAAAACAACAAUCAAUUAUAAUUAAUAUUAGGAAUAACAUAAUUGACUUAGCAACUACAACAACAACAACAACCACUUCAACUUCAAAUACAACAAAUCCAAACUCUGGUUAUAUAUAUGGACAGCCUUCAACUGAUAAUUUUAAUAACAACAAUAACAACAACAACGAUAGUGGUUUUUGUAAAUUACCAAGUAUAAAGCAUACAAUUGAAAGAUUAAAUAAACUUAAUAGUAUAUCUUUAUCUAGAAAAGCAGUAUUACAAGAACUAUUUGAUUAUUGGAAGAAUGAUGAAAAGAAAAUAGUCUUAAUAACAGGUAUUAUCAAUAGAAAGAGUGAUAUCGAUGGUUUGGAUGUAUCGAUAUUAAAGAUUCAAAAGAUAAGACCUAAUGAACCGAUUGCCGAUAGUCCACCGAGCGACAGUCUACUUCACUACCUCUCAAAGUUACAAUUGGAGGCACGUUGUCCACUGGUCGAAUUCAACCACAAUCUCUGCAAGGAGUUCACCUACUUCCAACCCGGUUCAACAAUGAAAGCACUCAUACAAUCGAUUGAUCUAGACAACGAAGAGAUCAUCCUAACGCUGGAUUCAUCGAUAUUCAUAAACAAAUCAUUAGAGUAUUUCAAACAUUUUCAACUUGGUAUAUUCCAAUCGAAUUCAGAUGACUUUGUUAGUAGCUUUGAAUUGAAUACUAUAUUGGAGAAUGAUAAACAAUUGACUAAUCCUUGGAGUUAUGCUAAUAUGUUACAAUCUUUGGGUUUAUCAGAGAGUGACUCAACAUUUCUACCGAGAGAUCUAUCGUCGACCACCAAACAACUUGAUUAUAAGAGUUUACGUGAUCAUCAAAAUUAUGAAUGGGCACGUGAUAUGGUUGUAAAAGGUAUUGAAUAUGCAAAGAAAGGACAAUUCGAUAGAGCUUUAGAUUUAUAUUAUUCGGCGUUGGAGGCUGAUAAAGAUCAUUCCGAUGCUUAUGUUGCGCUGGGUGCUGCCUAUGCCAACACUGCCAAGUACGAUCGUGCAUUAUCAAACUUUAAGAAAGCAUUGGAAUUAGUACCGAACGAUAAGAAUGCUGAAAAGUAUUAUAAUGCAACAUUACAAAGAAAAUUACAAGAGGAUAAAAUAGAAGAAGAUAAAAGAAUUGAAAAACAAAGAUUGAUAAUAGAAAAAGAGAAAGAAAGAGAAAGAGAGAAAAAGAAGGAAAGAGAGUUGAAUGAAAUGAUAUCAACUGAAAAGUUAAAGAAUAUGUUGAUGAACAUUGACGAAAAGAAAAAGAAAGAUGAUAAACAUAAGAGUAAAGAAAAGAGAGAUAGAGAUAGAGAUAGAGAUAGAGAUAGAGAAAAAGAUAAAGAUAAAGAUAAAGAUAAGUAUAAAAGUAAAGAUAAGGAUAGAGACAGAGAUAGGGAUAGAAAGAGAGAUAAAGAUAGAGAUAGGGAUAGAUCAAAUUCAAGGUCUAGGGAAAGAGAAAGAGGUAGAGAUAGAAAGAGAGAUAAAGAUAGGGAUAGAUCAAAUUCAAGAUCAAGAUCAAGAGACAGAGAUAGAAAAUAUAAAGAUAAAGAUAGAGAUAGAGAUAGAGAUAGAUCAAAUUCAAGAUCAAGAGAUAAUAAAAGAUCGAAAUAUUAG